GCGUCCGCGCUCCAGGGGCCCCGGAGCGGACCAGGCUCGGGUCAGAAUGAAUAAUCCUAUACCUUCCAAUUUGAAAUCAGAAGCAAAAAAGGCUGCUAAAAUUCUAAGAGAAUUCACAGAAAUAACUUCCAGAAAUGGACCUGAUAAGAUCAUUCCUGCCCACGUGAUUGCCAAGGCCAAGGGCCUUGCGGUUCUGUCUGUGAUAAAAGCUGGGUUUCUGGUAACGGCGCGAGGAGGCAGCGGGAUCGUGUUGGCUCGACUUCCAGACGGAAAGUGGUCCGCACCUUCCGCCAUCGGGAUCGCGGGGCUCGGCGGAGGAUUUGAAAUCGGAAUCGAGGUGUCGGAUUUGGUUAUAAUUUUGAAUUAUGGCCGAGCGGUAGAAGCUUUUGCAAAAGGUGGCAACCUAACCCUCGGAGGGAAUUUGACUGUGGCAGUAGGGCCUUUGGGAAGGAAUUUGGAGGGAAACGUCGCCCUGCGGAGCUCGGCCGCCGUCUUCACGUACUGCAGGUCCCGGGGGCUCUUUGCUGGCAUCAGCUUGGAAGGCAGCUGCUUGAUUGAAAGGAAGGAGACCAAUCGGAAGUUUUAUUGUCAAGAUGUUCGAGCGUAUGACAUUUUAUUUGGAGACAUGCCGCGGCCUGCUCAAGCGGAGGACCUUUACGAAAUCCUUGAUGCGUUCACUGAGAAGUAUGAGAGCGAAGGACAGCGGAUCAACGCGAGGAGAGCCGCCCGGGAGCGGAGGAAGGCUCCGGCUCACGAAUUACCUCCAAAACCACUGUCAAGACCACAGCCGUCAUCUCCACAGGGCCCGCUGAGCUCUGGCUCUCAGAGUGACAGAAACGAAUAUAAACUCUACCCUGAGCUUCCCAGCUAUCCUGAGAGAGUCGGCAAUUCCAGCCAACCCACAGAAGUGACAGCACUUUAUUCUUUUGAAGGACAACAGCCAGGGGAUUUGAGUUUUAAAGCUGGAGACAGAAUCACAGUGACGUCAAAAACGGAUUCGAAUUUUGAUUGGUGGGAAGGAAGGCUUCGAGGUCAGACUGGCAUUUUUCCAGCCAACUAUGUUACCAUGAAUUAAGCUUUAUACUAUUUUCUUCUUGGAGAAUUACAAAAAAUAAUUGUUUCCUCACUGGAUAUAGUUAAGCAAUGUUGAGCAUAAGUUUAAAAAUUUGGCAAGAAUAAGAAACAAAAGAAACCCAAAUUGGAAAGGAAAAACAUUUAUCCUUUAUGUAAAAUAACGUAUUUUUCCACCUAUAAAUAAAUGAUUAACAUAUAUCUUUAAAUGCUUUGUACUAAUUUUAUCGCAUAUACUAUUUAAUAAUUAAGAUCCUCAAUUUAUAUGGUCGCAGUUCUUUUGUGUUUAUUUUCGAACAUCACUACAUGUUUGAUUUGGCAAUGUCUAUGGUAACGGUUUCUUUUCAGGCAUAAAUACACAUAUUUUUGCAAAGUGACUAGAAAAAAGAAAUCACCUUACAUAGGCAAGUGGUAGUAAUACUUAGAGUUGUAGGUAUUAACUAGAAUGUGAAUCCUUAAAAUUUAUCUUUAUAGCUGUAAAAAUUGUAUAUAGAAAUUUAUAGUAGAAACACUAUUACAAAGUUCAGCCACUAUGCAUUAAAAAUAUAUCUAUUAAUUUUUAUCUUUAUAAGGUUAUGUUUGUUCAUUUCCAGCAGUACUAAAAGCAUACGUUGACGUGGUUUAGUUGUCCCUAAAUAAAUGAUUUUCAAAUGCUAAA